GAACAUUCAAAUUUAUUCUCCAUUGAGACAAUAUAUUUAGAGAUUUUAAUUUAUCUUUUAUUGACGAUUAAUUACGUAACUACAGUUGAGGUUGUUGAUAUAAGCAAGCUCAUAAUAAAGAGGAAUAUGUGUAAAACAUCCGAGAAAGCUGCCGGAGUUUUAUCCAAUGAGCGAAACUUUUGUCACCACCGCCCACUCGCUCUUCUUUCUUUUUCCCACUAACGUUAAUCCCCCCAUCACAAUAUAAUAUACACUAUUUUACUAACUAUAAAGUUUCCUCGAUAUUCAAAAUUACAAAUAUUGUCUUCUUUCUUAACAUAAGUUUGAAAAAAGCAACUCCUCCUUUCUUCUUAUAAUCCCCAUAUUACCCCUCCACCUUCUUCUUUCCCACUUCACACUGUCAACUGUUUCUUUUCUCUUUGCUUUUCAUGGAAAAUAUGUCACAUUCAUUUGCUAAAAAGAGUAAUUACCAUGGAAGUGGCUUCAUUACAACACCAAGCAAGUCGAUAUACGACGACGUUUUUGGUGGUCCACCUAAGUUCGGAGUGCCAACGUUAGCUCCUCGUUACGAGGAUUACACUGAGAUUUUCGGAGGUUUUCACAGUUCCCGAGCUUCUUCUAUUCCCGUUUUGGAUCUUCCGGUUCUUGAUGAAGACAAUGAUCGGCUUUCUCUCGAUGUCCAGAGUUGUCAGUUUGAUUACUCUGAGAUUUUCGGAGGGUUUAAUGUCCUUGAUUUUCCACUUUCUUUUGAGGAUUUGGUUCGUCAGUCUACUUCUGGCUAUGAUUCUUCUGACGAGGCCUGGAGUCCAGCUCAAAGCGAGACCCUGUCAAAUGAGUCAGAUCCUUCUGCUUUUUCUGAAAGGAGUCCGAGCUCUUCUAUUGCUGAUGUUCAUCGUUCAUCUGAUGACACCAAACAGUUCAACAUGUCAUAUCACAAGACUUUCCAAAGUAGCGAUGGAGUUGUAUCAAAUGGCAUGACACACGUUGCUCCUCUGCAUGCUGUUCCUGGAUAUGCUUACAUGGUCAAUGUAAGUCAGGCUUCUGGAAAUAUAGAAGAGGAGGAGCCAGCUGGACAGGCAACUCAUGAUCUCAACUACAGGGUGAACUUGAGUGGACCAGUUCUAGAAGACAAGCAAUUCAAAAGAAGCGCAUCAUGUAAUGUUAGCAGCAAUUACAUCAUGCAUGGAAGUGAUUCAAAACUUCCAGAGAAAUACAGUGAGGCUAGUUGUACUCCAGAUAAGCCAUUCUUAACUGUGACAGAUAUCAGCUUAAGAACUAGACCAUCAGGGUUGCCACCACCAUCAAGACCACCACCUGCCAAGAAAGGAGACUUUGAUAGACUUAAUUCAAGAUUCAAAGCUUCUAACAGUUGUGCAUUUGAGCGAAAACAAGGUGACAGUGCACAACCUGACUUUGAUGUGGAAGUAUAUGCAAGUUCAUCGGCAGCGGCAUCUUCUGCAGCUAUAAAAGAUGCAAUGGAGAAGGCUCAAGCAAAGCUUAGAAGUGCAAAAGAGCUAAUGGAGAGAAAGAAGCAAGAUCUUAAAUGUUAUACAAAACUCCAUUUGGAGAAUGGUAUUUUGGAGGAAAGACCAAUCAAGACAUUUGACAAAGCUGACAUGGAACAAAGCAUAUGUGUUGGAGGAAUGGAAGAAGUCUUUAAGAACAAUGAGCUUAUUUCAGGCAAUACUGAAGACGGAGAACAUCUCAAAUUUACUGGAAAAGGUGAAGAAAGUGAGCAGGAUAAGCCUAAUGUGUCAUCUCAACAAACGUAUAAAGCUGAAGGAAAAGUUGCAUGGAGGGAAGGUGCAGAAUUUUUUGAAGUAGUUGAAACUUGCCCAUCUUGUGGGUCUCCUGAGAAAGUCAAGAAUGAAUCUAAUUUGCUGCAUAAUAUGGAAUCACAUGACUACCGACUAUCCGAAGCAGACACUGACAGAUUUGACCAUCUAGAAACUUGCAAAAAUGUUGCAGCAAAGCCGGUUCCGGACUGCAUAGAGGAAAGUGAAGAAAAAAUGGGUAAAUGGUCCUACCAAUGGACUAAUACACAUCAAGUGUCAAAAGAAGAAGAUCUUUGUGGUCAAUUGGAGCAUAAAGAGACAGUAAAAGCAGAAGAGAACUUAACAGAUGUUAGUAUGAGCGAGAAACAUGUUAAAGUCCAGCAAGAGGGAACAAGUGAGAAGCUAAGUGGCAGUUCUCAUAAAAGUGUAGAGUACAAUGGAAAUGGCCAGGAUGUGCAUGAAUGUAAAGCUACUGUGAAACUAAAUGGUGGAAGGAGAAGAUUAAAUGAUCAAGAGAGAUGUAUAAGUACUGAUCCUAGGCAUAUCGAUAUAGAGCUGAUGGCUGAGUUUGAGAUUGAAGAAUGUGAGGGAGGACUUUGGGAUGUUGUUGUUGAUGAAUCAGGAAAUGGACAGAGAGUAAAUGAGAUACUCAAGCAGGAAAGGAAGAAGAAACUUGAUGCAGUUUCUGAAACAGAAGAAGGCGCUAUUCAUUGGGAGGAGAAUUCAAAGAAACCGAAAGAGGAUUUUAAAUCAGAAAAGAAUGAUGAGAAGUCACAGGUAGCUUGCGAACAAGAGAACAAUGAGAGGGAGAAAGAGCUGGAUUUCAAGAUGGACCCGAAGAAUCAGGAUGCCAAAGGCGCUUUUGAGUGGGAGCAAGAGGACAGCCAAUUCAGAGCGGAUCUCAAGAAGAAAGAGUAUGAAGGAGGACAAAAUGUGUCUGAAGAAGUACAAGAAACUGAGGGAAGACGGAAUGGCACUUGCCAAGGAGAAGAUGGUUAUGUGGAAAUGACUGAGGUUUUGGAGCAGCAAGAUAAUAAGAGAGAAUCCCCUCUGGCCUCCAAAUUAGAAUUUGAAAACAUAUCUGACGAGGCCACUGAACUUGAAGAAACUGAGCAAACAGUUGUUUGUGAUGUUAAGUGGGACGAAUUGCGCGAACCGACCGAAGAUAGCACCCCAACUGAAAUGGUUGGAUCUGUUUUGAAGCAGAACACUGAUGCUGAAGUUCUCGAGGAUGCUACCGUGUUUGAUUGUUCUGGCCAACCAAACUUUGAGACUCUACUUGUGAACAAAAUGUCCAAGAAGCUUGAGGAAAACAUCGGAAAGCUGGAAGCAACUCAAUCUGCCCUUUCCUGCGAAGAAAAUGAGAGAGUAGAAACUGAGUUGCAAAAUUGUGAAAAAGAAUCAGGAGUUGGACUGACCAAAUUGCUGCCUAAAUAUGGAUGCAACUCUGUUUGCGAGAGACAAGAUCUCUCAGGGCAUGGAAAAGACCAAAUUAGUAGAGCAGAUGCAAUAGGGUAUACUUGUUUGAAUGAGCAUUUGCCCAAUUAUGGUGGAGCCAGAGGUAAAGCAUCGGAUGGACUGAAGAAGACAGCCUCUGAAAUAGAAAAGCAUUGUGAUCAAAGAAACGGAAAACCUCCUGGGUGUCUGACAGUGAAUAACAAGGGAUUUCAGUCCGCCAGUAACAAGGAAGUUACAGAGGAAAAGUUUACAGCUAAUCAUUCUAACCAUAGAUAUGGAACAAAUGCUGAAGGUCCAAGAGUGAAGACCAACGUUGUUCAAUCUGGAACUAAGCAGGAAGUUAUGGAAGAAAAGCUUGCAGUUCAUCAGGUUGCCAGGGAAUGGGCCACAAAUGCAAAGAAAAUUGGAGAUGCUUUGGCUGCUGUCCUAGAGGAUGUUGAAAUCCUGUCAAGUACAGACCAGAGAGCCGCAACUGAAAGUGCCCAAAAGAAAGAAAGGAAUUCAAAUAAAAUCAUUACUCCUGAGGCCCAAAGAAAGGAUGAAAGACUGAAAAAAGAAAGAGAAAUAGAGGAAGAAUAUAUGAGAAAGUUAGAAGAAGAGAGGGAGAGAGAAAGGGAAAGAGAAAAGGAUCGGAUGUCUGUGACUCGUGAAGCUCUGGAAAGGUCAUAUCUUGAAGCCCGUGGGAGAGUUGAAAGAGCUGCCAUGGAGAAAGCUGCAACUGACAUACGUCAUAGAGCUAUGGCAGAGGCUAGGGAGAGAUCUUCAGCAGAGCAGGCAGCUAAGGAGGCUAGGCUCAAGGCGGAGCGGGCUGCAGUAGAAAGAGCAACUGCAGAGGCUCGGCAACGAGCUUUUGAGAAAACAAUGGCUGAGAAGGCUACCCAGGAAUCAUGUGAACGAGUAGAAAGAUCAUCUUCUGAAAAGUUUUCUGCAUAUUCUAGGAGCACCGAAAUGAGACAGAACUCUUCUUCUGACCAACAUGCAUAUCAGAGCACAGAAACGUCGAAAUUGAGAUAUUCAUAUUCUUCAGCUCAUGCUGGCAUUGAAGGUGAAUCACCUCAAAGAUGUAAAGCUCGGUUAGAGAGGUAUCGCAGAACAUCGGAGCGUGCAGCUAAGGCCUUAGCAGAGAAAAAUAUGCGUGACCUUCAAGCUCAGAGGGAGCAAGCAGAGAGAAAUAGAUUGGCUGACACUCUGGAUGCUGAAGUGAAAAGAUGGUCAAGCGGGAAAGAAGGCAAUCUACGUGCACUGCUUUCAACAUUGCAAUAUAUUCUUGGGCCUAAUAGCGGUUGGCAGCCAAUUCCACUAACAGAAGUUAUAACUUCUGCUGCGGUGAAGAAAGCUUAUAGGAAAGCAACUCUUUGUGUGCAUCCUGACAAAUUACAACAGCGAGGUGCUAGUAUUCAUCAGAAGUAUAUAUGCGAGAAAGUCUUUGAUCUUUUAAAGGAAGCAUGGAACAGAUUCAACUCUGAGGAAAGGUAGUUGAAGACUCGUUUGCUCGGUUGAACAUAUAAUUUCAACAGUAGUGAGUAAAUUCUAUUUCUUAUAAUUUUCUCUCUGCAUGUAAGCGCAAGCUUUACAAAUCUGCCCUGAAAGAAAAUGGGCUGACAUGGCUAUUCAUUGAAAUGAAACUUUCCGUGAAAAGGCUGUAUCAUUGUGUUAUGUUGUUAUUGUCCUUGUAAUUAUAAUUAUUAUGGAUAUUAUCAUUAUUAUUUCUA